AUGGCAAGCCAGGCUGCUCAAAUGCCGUCCAUCGGCUCCAGCGUUGCUCCCGCUGUUAAGGCCCAGGCGACCGACGCCGCCUCGAAGCCCAAGGUGCGCCAACAACACCAAAACUCCGGAGGUGGUAGUUAG